CCUAGGUAGCCACGCCACCGCGCGCUGUGUACUACGUCACUGCGUGCUACGUCACAGGACGUGCCUUAGAUGAACAUUGUUCGGGGGUUUUAAAAGCGACAGGUCGCGGCUCCAAGUGACAGUCAAACAAGCCCCAAGUUCGCUGCGUCAGGCCUUCAGGUGGACACAGGUAGCCAACAGGAUUACACCAAGAAAUGGUCAGCUCGACCGUGUUGCCGAUGGCGGUGGUGGUGGUGAUGAUGUGUGCAGGUGCCCUGCUGGUAGACGCGGCCAAGUGGAGCUAUGCUGGAGAUUACGGACCCAUGAACUGGCAUAAACACUAUCAGAACGCCUGCGCAGGCAGAUACCAGUCCCCCAUAGACCUCAAGGCCGAACAAACCAGCUACAACCCAGAUCUCAAGGAUUUCGCCAUAUGGUACGACCCACCCAAAGAGGACACAGUAUUUCUCAUUCACAACAACGGCCACACAGCACAAGUGGACGUGAGGGGUGAAAUGUACGUGACCAAUGGCGGACUGCCCAACGUCUACAAGACAGAACAGUUCCACUUCCACUGGGGCCACAAGGCUCAUCACGGCUCUGAACACCUGUUGGAGGGAAAGGCCAGUCCUAUUGAGCUCCACAUAGUCAACUACAACAAAGAUUUGUACCCCAGCAUCAAGGAGGCCGUGAUAGAGAAGGGUGGCCUGGCUGUACUGGGAGUCAUGUACGAGAUUUCAGAAGAGGACAACCCAGCAUUGGAAUACAUUAUCCGAGGACUGAAACAUAUCAAACUGCCAGUCAGCUCCAACCGCAUCAAGCUGCCCGCCCUCUCACUGAGGAGCCUGCUACCCCAAGACAUCACUCGCUACUACAGGUACAACGGAUCCCUGACCACGCCCUCCUGCUUUGAGAGCGUCAUUUGGACAGUCUUUGAGCAGAAACAGACCAUCUCAGAGAACCAGCUGCAAGAGUUUCGAACCCUGCUUCAAGCCAAGCACAAGCCAGGCAAACACAAACGUUCUCUGCCCAGAGCCCAGGACAUGAUGAGACAUGAGGUGGAUGAGAUCUUUGAGGAGAUUGGCAUCACGGGCAAGAAACAGGAGGAAUCUGCCUUAAAAGCAGCCUUUUUGUUACAGCGUCAGGAAGAGAUGCUGGCCGACAUGUCACAUGACCCUGAGAUCAACUCCCACAGCAGUGAAUCUUCCAAAGGCAAAGGCAGCAUGAAAUCAGACAGCAAAGAAUACAUGGCCACACCAUCACAUGAUACUGCAGCAGUAGAGGACAGUCACGAGGAACUUGUCAACAACUACCGGCCAAUACAGCCCCUCAACGACCGCAUUGUGUACAGAAGUUUCAAGAUUCGCUCUGCACCUCGGCCAGAAGUCUCGCCCCACUAUGAGACUCCAUCAGCUGACCGCAGUCAUAACGCUGGCACCCAGCUGACUGUACCAGUCCUUCUCCUCAUGGCCGCGUGUCUGUCGUGGCUACUGGUUUGAUGGCCACAGAAAUCCUCUUCACUACUGGCCAUCAUGUCAUUGCAUAAACUUUCAAUCAUGCAUUUAAUUUCAUCCGAGCAAGCUUUAAAAGUGACACUUAACAGUGUAUACUUUCAAUUUGUUCAACUGUAAAAAUGUUAGUUUGUAUAAAUCUCCACAAGAAUGUGUGCCUGGUAAAUGUGAUGAAAGUUUGUGUUUGGGCAUAAUUUAUUGACAAGUUUCUAAAUGCGAUGUGAACGUGGAGCCAAGUUCCUUAAUCGAAUGUUAGUGAUUUUCAUGGUUGCUUCCCCUACCAUAGUAACCAACCCCGAGUGUCUGAAUUAUUGCUGCUAGCCAUUAUGAAAGGCGGCGCAUAGCCAUACGAAACAUGUGUUAUCAAUCAAUUAGUACCAAAGAUUUGUAUCAAUGUGUUUAUUUAGUGCAUCACUUGGCAGGGAUAGUGUCUAUAGGAUCCUGUGUUGGACUUCACACCGCAGGACUAGUUUUAAUUGCAUAAUGUCAUCAAGUUCGUAUUAUUUAUGAUUUUUG